GUCCCCGACUGACAGCCCAAGAUUGAUGGAUAGAGCUUUGUAUUGCACAUAACAUCAAUUCUGUCCUGCUUUCUCUUUCAUUUGGAAUCUCACUCCCUCAUCACUCCUCCCUUCCGCUGUCUUUUUCUCUCCUGCUCCCCUCUCUUCCCCCUCCCUCUCCUCCUCCCUCCCGCUGCUGCUCCAGGUCCGUCGCUGGUCCCUCUCUUCCGUAUUAGUUUCCAUGAGGCAUCCUUAAUGCUGACAGAGAGCGCACCGUGAGGCAGCAAGAAAGCGGGGUGAGAGGAUUGCUAUCUUUGUGACAGCUUCUCUGCUUGGUAGGCUGCGUGUGAGCCGGGGAACUGGACUGGACUGUGGUGUUUCGUGGAGGAGGUGGGAGAAGAGGUGGAGGAGCACGAGGGAGAACUGUGGGGCAAGCUGGACAGAUGGAGGACGGCACGCAGCACCUGGGACACUGCAUGGUUGACAUGAAGGAGCUGAGUGCGAGUCCUGAAGGACUGAGCGCUGCUGGUGUUAUUCUAACACCCAAGCUGCCUCAGGUGGAGUUCAGCCUCGCCUGUAAUGAUCUGGUGGCCUCAGGCAGAGACAGGAAGCCCAAUGCUUUGGUCCAGGUGGCUGUCAUAGAUCCCCACAAGCAGCACCUCGUGUCUCACGCCUGCACAGAGAUAGUUGAGGCGAACAAAGACCCACUGUUUCUGACGGGGGUGACCUUCCCUUCAGAGUAUCCUGCUAGCCCAGAGACGCUAGUCAAGCUAAGUGUGUAUGAUGCAAAGGACAAGACCCAGGAAUCAAGCAGCUUCCUGGGUAGUGCCACAUUUUCAGUUGGAGAUCUUCUGAGGGCAAAAGAUGAACGACUGACCUUGAGCCUCAGGUCAUCUGAUGGUGUGUGCACAGCAGGAACAGUGGUGGUGAGUCGUCUGAAGAUGGGGGAGAUGGAGGAGGUUGAUGUGGACCAGAUCACCACAGACAUACCGUCACAGAAGUGUCCACUGGUAUGUGAGUCUGCGCACCAUUCCUGCACCGACAGAGAAAAUAACCCAUUGACCGGGCCAGUGUUCAAGAACCCAGUAUGCAAAGUGUACAGAUUUCAAACAGUGGACAGCAAGUGGAUGCUUGUGCGGGAACAAAUGGAGGAGUGCACUCUGUCGUUCAGUAUCCCCAAACAGCUGCUCGCGCUGUACAUUCAGGAGGACAUGAGUAGGGUGCAGGAUCUGAAGGAGCUGGGAGAUCUUUCCCCUCACUGGGACAACUUACGGAAGGAGGUGAUGACACGAUAUGCAGGAAUAAUCAGCUCCUACCAAGAGACCUUGGCUGAAAUGGACAAGAUUAAUGGUUGCUCAUUCAAGCCAAGCUGCUGCAAAGCUCAAAAGUCUCUGGAGUUUAUUCCGAUAAACCUGCACACCCAGAGGAUGAGGGUGACAUGCCCUAAAAAAACAGAUGCGUUUUACGACAUCGUCACUGUUGGUGCCCCAGCAGCCCACUUCCAGGGCUUUAAAGGUGGUGGUCUCCAGCGACUCCUGAGCAGAUAUGAAGCAGAGAAAAAGAGCUUCAGCACUGCCUACCAGUGUAUCUACUACUCCCCAGAGCACACAGCCAAAGCUCAGGAGGUACUCAGCAUCAUGAGCCUCCUCCAGCCCCUCAUCACGAGGUUAGUGGACCAGCUCCUUCAGGCUGCCCAUGAGCACUCUUCCCCUGGACUGAGGGAUGCACUCAAGCACCUUUCUGACAAGACAGAACAAUUUGUUCACACACUUAAGGAUGAAUUGGUCAAGAGUGCACUCCUAGCGCUGCAUGCAGCGCAGCCAGGCUACGUUUCCAAGAACCAGAAGUCGACUCCGGCGCAGAGCCAACACCAAGGCCACACAAACCAGACCAAUGACCAGAAUCAGAACCCAAUUCAGGGACUUCCAGGCCACAGUCCACCGACGUCAGUCAAUGAGACCACAGUGGUGUGUAAUAAUGUGGAAGGAACCCAAACAACUGCUGGAGGAGAGCCUUUGUCACUGAAGCACCAAGACACCAUACCGCACCAUAAAGAGUACGAUGAGGAGGAAUGGGACAGGCUGUGGGCAAAUGUGGCCAAGUGUCUCAACUGUGUAAUCGCCAUGGUGGAUAAACUCCAGGAAGAAGACAACACCAAGCAGGAUCCAGUCCCAGAACAUCAGCUAGCUGAUGUCAUCACCUCCCACAAUCCUGGUGACUGGAGGGAGCAGUUGUGUCCUCUGGUGACCCGGUUAAAGGACUGCGUGAUGGAGGUGGUGGAGAAGGCGAAGAGAGCCAUGACCUUUGUGCUCCUGCAGGAGGCAGCCUGCAGCAUUCCACAGGGCUUCCUGCUCCAGCAGAGGCGAGACAUAGUCUUCAGUCAGGCACUGGCAGCCUUGGCCUGUGGUUUCAUCAUGCGGUUGUACGCGGGAAUGCAGGACAAAGGCUUCCUGAGGCAGCUUCACCUCGUUGGCCUGGUUGCUCAGUUUGAGAGCCUGCUCAGCACCUACAGUGAAGAGUUCGGGAUGCUGGAAGACAUGGAAGUGGGGAUCUCAGACCUGCAGAGAGUCAUGUUCAAGAUUACAGAGGCCAAGUCCGAUGACCUCAGUGACCUUCAGCCUUUAGUUUGUGGCCGACGAGACCACUUCACUGUAGAAGUGCCAUUACCUAAACUGGUUUUCCAUACCUUACCAGAGGAAAUCAAGGAGGGGAAGCUUCUCCGAGUAUUCCCGGUGCUCUUUAACGUGGGGAUUAAUGAACAACAAACAAUAGCAGAAAGGUUUGGAGAUAUCUCUCUACAAGAAAGAAUAAACCAGAAGAACUUUGAGACAUUAGAAGCCUAUUACAAAUCAUUAAGUGAAAAGGUGCCACUAGAAUGUCUACCGUGUUUUCAGACACAGACCGACAUAAAGGAAUUACUUGAAACUUUGGGCCAGAAUGUAGUCGCGAAGAAGAAAAAGAAUGUGGAGAUACUGUGGACUGCUGGAACGAUCUGCCGAAGGUUAAAUGGCAUCAGGUUUACCAGCUGUAAAAGUGCCAAAGACCGAACAUCCAUGUCUGUCACUCUAGAGCAGUGCGCUCUCUUACGUGAUGAACACCAGCUCAGCAAGGACUUCUUCGUGCGCGCUCUGGACUGCAUGCGCAGAGAAGGAUGUCGCAUUGAGAAUGUUCAAAAGAAUAUUAAAUGCAGGAAAUAUGCCUUCAACAUGCUGCAGCUGAUGGCCUUUCCCAAGUGCUACCGACCACCAGAAGGGACUUACGGCAAAGUUGACUCUUGAGGAGAAAAGCCACGUACUGUAAAAUUAGUCAUUCAGUAUUAUUCUUCUUUAGUAAAUAUUAAAGAUCAUAAAUGAUAGUAUGUAAAAUAUGCUGUUAAUAGGAAAAACAGUUGCUGGAGGUGUGUUUGUGUACGUACGUGCGUGAGUGUGCGUGUGUAAUGAGGGUACAUUCAUAGGCAUUACAAAAAUGGGUCCAUUUUAAAAUAAAUGCACUUUCCACCUCACCAUACAUUGGUCAUAACUUAAGCAACAUUAAGCAGAACAACUUGGGGGUAAGUCAAAGUCUUACAUAAUGUGCAUAUAUCAGUGUAUGAGAGAGAUAACUAGCCUAAAAGAACAGUUUUCAAGUUUUACUAGCUAUUUUGUUUGUUUACGGUAACCAUGCAUUUGGACGUUCACUCGGUAAAAGUUAAUAUUUGGAAACACUGACCUAUUUUUGUAACAGCUCUUAAAGUUUCCGUAAUCUUUGCGGACAUCCACGUUCCCUGUGGUUUUUCUCCACAGGGAAAACUUUAUUUGGAUAUGUGGGCCUUAAAAAGAUAGUAUGAUGUUAAACAAAAAAUGAAUAACUUGUGCUGUUCUCAAGAAAUCAUAUCAACAUGUUUUUUGUACAAAUUUCCCUCUGCUUAACACUGUCCUCUAGCUUUGCACCCCAAUGGCAAUUUAGCCCAUGUUUUAUUCAUGACAUAACAUAGAAAACAUAUCAAACAUUUAAACUGAGACAUUUUAUCAUUUCAUCAUAAAAAUUGGUUGAUUUUUGAAGGCAGCAACACAUCUCAAAAAGUUGGGACAGGGCAACAAAAGGAUGGACAAGUAAGUGAUACUAAAAGAAACAGCUGGGGGGAUAUUUUUCAACUAGUUAGGUUAACUGGCAACAGGUCGGCAACAUGAUGGGGUAUAAAAAGAGCAUCUUUGAGAGGCAGAGUUUGUCAGAAGUAAAGCUAGGCAGAAGUUCACUAAACUGCAAAAACCUGUGGCUACACAUUAUGAAGGAAAAAAAAUUCAGAACAUCCAGAAAAGCACCAUAAAUGCUGAAAGGUGUGUAUAAAAAAAUCUCAUCAAAAGAUUCCAAGACUCUGGACAUACCUCAGAAUCAAUACUGAAUGCUUGGGAUCUCUUCAGGCCUUUAGAUGGCACUACAUCACAAACAGCCGCGAUUCUGUGGUGGAAAUCGCUGAAUGGGCUCGGGAACACUUCCGGAAAUUAUCGUCUGUGAUCACAGUUCAGUAUGCCAUCCAAAAAUUCAGGUUAAAGGUCUGUCAUUCAAUGAAGAAGCCAAAUGUGAACAUGAUUCAGAAACACCGCCACCUUCUGUCAGCCAAAGCUCGUUCAAAAUGGACAGAUCCACAGGGGAAAACUUCUUUUUGGAAAACAUGGACAUCCUCCGGACUGAGGAGGAGAGUAAGCAUCUGGAUUGUUAUCAGCACUCAGAUGCAUGCCAUCACUAUCUCUUUGAGGUAAUGGAAAUAGAUCAGUACCUAUGGAAUUUGUGGCUUGCACAUCUGGAAAGGACCAUCAAUGCUCCAAGGUAUAUAGAGGUUUUAGACCAACAUGUACUCCCAUCCAAACGUCUUUUUCAGGGAAGGCCUUGCAUAUUUGAGUAAGGCGAUGCUAAAUCUUAGGGUCAAGCUAUUCCAACAGCAUUGCCUCAUAGUAAAAGAGUCUGGGUGCUGAACUGCCCUGCCUGUAGUCCCGACCUUUUACCAGCUGAAAACGUAUCAUGAAAGAAAUAAAAGCUCGCCAAUACAGACCCAGGACUGUUGAUGCUCGUUGCUAGAAUCCUGUAUCAGUCACGAGAAAGAGGAUGCUACAUAAACAUGGCCCUGCCCCAACUCUUUGAGACCUGUAGCUGCCAUCAAAUUCAAAAUGAACUAAUAUUUUUCUUAAAAUACUAAAUAUUUGCUUUUUUUCAGCAGGAAUGAAAUAUGGGCUUAUGAGAUUUGCACAUCAUUGCUUUUUUUUAAUUUACAUUUUUCAAAACAUAAAAAAUGUUUCUGUUUUGGACAUGAGGUUGUACUAUAUUUAAACAACAUGAAGGGCAGGGUAAUGUUGAACAACUGAACGCAGUUUCUGAAUGCUACGGAGUACAUUUAUAUUAUUUAUUUUUGCUAUUCUAAAA